CAUAGGCUGGACACACGCGUACCCUCAUUACAGAAGACUCCAGGUGAAACCAUGGAUUUCGACGCCAUCUUAGAAGACGUGGGAGAAUUUGGUAAAUACCAGAAGCUGGUGAUCUACUUCAUCCUCCUACCUGCAGUGAUACCAUGCGGCUUCCAUGCGUACGCGCAGCUGUUUAUGGCAGCUGAUGUGAAGCAUUGGUGCCGUGUGCCUGAACUGGACGGUGUGGAUUUGGAGCUUGGGAAGAAUUUGAGCAUACCACAAGAACUACGCAACGGGAAAUUGGAAUACUCACAAUGUACCAUGUACAAUCUGAACUAUACGGAGAUCCUGGCUAACUAUACAAGCAUCGAAGAAGUCCUGAUGGACAGGGAUCCAGAAGUCAUACCAUGUAAUAACGGAUGGACCUUUGACAGGGAUGUGUAUAAGAGCACUGUUGUUACUGAGUGGAGUCUAGUCUGCACCAAAGAUUUCUUGCCAACGCUUGGCCUGGUAUUGCUAGCUGUUGGAGGCAUCAUAGGGAACUACAUCUUCGGCUACCUCCAAGACACCUUCGGCCGGAAGCCCUCCUUCUUCAUCUACCUGCUCAUUGAGUGCGUCUUUGGUGUGGCCACUGCGUUCGCCCAGAACUUCUACAUAUGGAUCAUAUACAGGAUCGGCGUAGGGUUCACGGUUCCUGCUAUUAUGGCCACACCGUAUGUUUUGGCCAUAGAACUUGUAGGUCCAAAAUGUCGGACGCUCUGCACGAUUCUCUCCAACAUAGCCUACUCCAUGGGUCUGAUCUUAUUAGCUGGUGUGGUCUACCUGGUGCGAGACUGGAGGUACCUAGCCCUGGCUAGUACUCUGCCGUUUGUGGCCUUCUUCGUCUGCAUCUGGCCCAUGCCGGAAAGUCCAAGGUGGUUGCUGGCGAGAGGACAGUUUGAAAAGGCUGAGCACAUACUGAAACGUAUGGCAAGGAUAAACGGGAAAUCCCUCCCCGCAAACUACAUGGUUCAUCUAAAACGGAAAUACGAAUCAGACAAACUGAAACAAGAUCUUGAGAUGGAGAAAGCCAGAAAGUAUGGCAUAUUAGACCUCUUUAGAACCCCAAACUUGAGGAAGAAGACCAUCAUCAUCACUUUUAUCUGGUUCACCAACACCAGCGUAUAUGUCGGUCUGUCGUAUUACGCUCCUGUGCUGGGUGGUGAUGAGUUUCUUAACUUCUUCCUUGCUGGUAUAGUGGAGUUGCCGACAUAUCUGUUCCUGUGGCCAUCCAUGGAGCGGCUUGGGAGGAGGUGGACUCUGUGCAUGAGCAUGGUGGUCGGAGGAGUCGCCUGCUUGACCACUUUCUUGGUGCAGCACGAGACCAACGUAACUCUGGCUCUCUACUGCGUGGGUAAGAUGGGCAUAUCCUCCGCCUUCGUUGUCCUGCCGCUCAUGGCGUCUGAGCUGUACCCCACUGUGGUGCGAGGGCUCGGCAUGAGUCUGAGCUCAGUGCUGGGCAUGCUGGGACCUAUAUUUAUACCGCUGGUCAAUUAUUUGGGUUCCGACAUAAUGGUACUGCCUCUUAUCAUCAUGGGUGCGCUAUUGGUCGCUGGUGGCAUCGCCAGUCUACUUCUCCCGGAAACCCUGAACCAUCAUCUACCGCAAACCCUGGAGGAUGGGGAGAAAAUGGGCCUAGACACAGAUUUCUGCUGUAGUCCACCUGUCAAAGAACAGAAGACAGACGAAAAAGAAGAUAAAAAGUGUAAAAAUUGCACAGCGCUGUGUUCUUGUCAGAUGACCAACGUAUACUUAGAAGAUAAAGAAGACAGAAGGGGGGAAGAAGAUAAGGAGAACGUUGAGUUUGUUGUUUUAAAAUAAAAAGUAAUAUUAAUUAUUAUAA